UUCAUUGUUGCUGUAUGUAUACAUAUAUACAUCAAGUUAAACAUGAUCACUACAACUACUACUGCUACCCACUUUACUUAAUUAAUUAUUCUCAGAAACAGAAGAUAUCAUAUAUGGCUUGUUCGUCUUUAGGAGGAGGAGAUGAAGCAGAAGCAGAAGCAGAAGCAGAAGCAAGAAAGAAGCAGGCAAUGUGGGUUUCCCCGAAUAUGAAGGUGAAGAUGAUGAUGGGAGCUAAUUGUGAUCUGCAGACUCGAUGGGGCCAUUCUUCCUGCUACUUCAAUGCUUCUCUUUACAUUUUUGGUGGAUGCCGAGGGGGCGUGCAUUUCAGCGACGUGCUCGUGUGCAACCUCAGGGGGAUGACAUGGAACAUCCUCGAAACCUCCGGGGAGGGGCCGGGGCCGCGCGACAGCCACAGCGCCGUGAUGGUCGACCACAGGAUGCUGAUCUUCGGCGGCACUAAUGGUUGCAAGAAAGUGAAUGACCUUCACAUACUAGACCUCCUAUCGAGGAAGUGGACUUGUCCGGAUUGCCGGGGGACCCCUCCCCCGCCUCGCGAAAGCCACACGGCCACUGUGGUCAAUGACAAAUUGGUGAUAUUCGGGGGGAGUGGCGAAGGCGGGUCGAAUUAUCUAAACGAUGUGCAUAUCUUGGACCUUAAGAGGAUGGAGUGGUCGGCGCCGGAGGUAAGGGGUAGCAUCCCAGCUGCCCGGGAUAGCCAUAGCUCGGUAGGAGUGGGCGGGGGGCGGAUGUUGGUGUUUGGGGGGGACUCGGGCGAUAGAUAUCAAGGAGAUGUUAGCGUGCUCCACGUCAAUACCAUGCGUUGGUCGAGGCUCGAGGCUUCACAACCCGGGCCGGGCGCCCGGGCGGGUCAUGCUUCCGUGAGUAUCGGGACCAAGGUGUAUGUGCUCGGGGGCGUAGGCGACAAAAAGUACUACAACGAUGUUUGGGUUCUUGAUGUGGUCGCUUCCUCUUGGUCUCAGCUUCACGUCUACUCUCAGAAACCGUCGCAAGGCCGGUUUUCUCACACCGCCACCAUCACAAAUCUCGGGGUAGCUGUUUUUGGAGGUUGUGGAGAGGACGAACAGCCGCUCAAUGAGUUACUCAUCCUCCAAAUGGAAACGGAAAUGUUGCAAAAGAAAGACCAAGAAAAUAACACGGCGAAGGCUAUAUUUGUAAGCGAUGACGAUGAAGAAGAAGAAGAAGUAAACUUGACAUCCCCAUCCAACGGUCAGCCCAACCACAACCACAAGCAGAAACAGUCCUUCAGGUUUACUUCUGACGAUGAUAUGUUGCAUCCAAAGAGGAGAAGGACUAGAAAUUCGACAAUGGCUACUGCAAAUGCAAGCGGCAACGACUGUAGUUUUCGCUCGCCAUCACCAUUGCAGUGCAGUUGCGAAGAUCACAUUCACAUUCCUCUGAAGAAAACCAUUGCCAGAUCGAGGCCUAGGUUGAGCCAUCGUAAUCAUGAUAUGUGCAACUACUACUUAUCAUCCUCCAAUCAUCAUAUCAUCAAACAAGAAGGGUUGAACGUGAUCCAUGCCCAAACCACACCCGAAUCUAGGAAAAGGACAAUUUCGGUGGGAGCUGAAGUUCACGGGCAUGUAGAUGGCCAGUUCGACUCUGGUUUCCUCAUGACCGCCACUGUCAACGGCAACAUCUUCAGAGGCGUUCUCUUUGCUCCGGGUCAGGGGCCAGCAAGGUUAGGAGGAGGUGAAAAUCGGGUAUCUUAUGGCCACACACUAUUUUCAAAUCUAAACUCAGAUGCAAUUCAGAUUCAUUCCAACGUGCAGCAGCAGCCUCCCUCCGAAUCAAGAAGAUCGCCGGACAAUGUUGAACUUGAUGGUGUUGUGCUGACGCUGGCCAGCCCCAGCACCGCCACCCAUCCCUAGCCUAGGACAGGAUUUCAACUCACAUCAGAUCUUAUGUAUAUCAUUGUGUGUUGUGUAGUGCAGUUAUGUGAAGUGGAGAGAUUUUUAAGACAUUUUGACGAGAUGAAUGAGUUUCAAUGGAGGAUUUGUAUUUUUUAAGCCAAUCCUAUCAUCAGAGGACGUGCGGCCGAGGGAGGCUCUCCCUACAAUGCACAUUGAAGAUCAACUCAGCAGCCGAUAUUUCUAUAACCAAAUGCCAAGUUCCUACCUCUGGUCUCGGGAUUUCUGUUACUCUGCAAGCUCUCACAGCCGCAGACCAUGCUCCCAUCGAGUCUUCCUACAUCGAGCAUUAAGUGAUUGCAAAGGUUGUAUGUCAAAUUACCGAGAUUCGCUAGGCAUGCCCGCACCAUCAGUGGUCUUUCCCCGAUUAUAUAAUAACGAACACCGGUUGUAUUCCAGAAUUCACUUUGUUUUCCAAGAAUGAUUCACAU